AGUUGUUUACAAAUGUCUGCCUUGUGAACGUAAACAAUGAAAUUUAACUAAUGUGUUUGAUUGAUCUGUAUCAUUUUGUACGAAUCUGAAUAAUGUGGAUCUUCUAUAUGAUACUUUGGAUACACAUUCUUGCACGACAUCAAGUUGACAUCACUUCCAACUCAAAAUAAGCCUAAGGCAAAUUGAUUUGAAACAUCAUCAACACUUCAUUUAAUUCAACUAACAUGAGCAAACGCAGUGAAGUUGGAGACAAAACUCCUUCUAGCAAGAAACUUCGGGACAUUUAUAAGUCAGGAGCGUCAGGGACAACACCAAAAGCUGGCAGCAAGGCUGUGGUUCCUAAAGGCACAAGGAAUGUGGUACCAAAGAGUAUGCCAGGACCAGUUGCCAUGACCAAGAAAGAUGGAAUGCUGGUUCCUGAAGGUUACACAAUGAGGAAGAUAGAGCCAGCCAAGAACUAUGAUGUUGAAUCAUUUGCUAGGGCAAUGAACCCAGAUUUUGCCCCAAGACUGAAGAAGCUAUUUGAACCAGAGACAGAGGCAGCUGUGAAGGCUCAGCAAACAGGUAUAUACAUUGGCUGGAGAUUACCAGAGUAUAAAUUUGACUGCCAGCGAGUCAACGACAUGUCCAAGUGUUUCUGCAGUCAUUUGCUGGGGGAACAUGCUCAGUACACAGGCAAAAGUGUACGAGUCCCGUGUGUUCAGGGAGGGUGCAAAUGCAAGGGUUUCGCCUGGGUUCCUUCACGACCUGAAGACGUUGGGGAGUUCUGGAUGCAGCGGAGACGUGACUUUGACCCGUCCACCUGGCGUGCAAAAUGUCGGUGCAAGCACACUCACGAGGAGCACGAGGCUGCAGGCAUGAGGAGAUGCAAGACAGGUUGUGGCUGUGGCCAUUUCAACUCCAACUUCCUGUGUGCAGCCUGUGACAAGCACUGGGAGGACCACGAGACGUUCUUUGAGACGGAGCAGGAUAGGGUGCAAAAGGGGCUACCAGUCGGUGAGAUGUACCUCCCGUUUGCUGAGAUGCCCCACCUGAGGAACAUUGCCCUGACAGGGGCCGAGGAUGACGACUCCCGGUACCAGGCCCUCGUCCAGGGGGAGGGGUCCAUACCCCGUAACCGUGCCAUAGAGGCCCCCGGCAACAGCCAGGCCUUCCCAGCCCCCAGGGGUGGGGCAAGCAGUGGCUUCAAGCCUGUGUAUGACUGAAAAGUACUCUGAUGGUACGAGUUUGGAUGUGUUGGUGAAAGUAAAAUUAUGUUAAUGGUUGUUUUCAUUGGUGGUGUAACGUUAACAUUUCUGUGUUAUAUGAUUGCAAUUGGAAAUGCCGGUGUUUUUAAAUGAUUGCAAAUGUUAAAGUUCUUGUUGGUUUUGUUUUAAUUAAGUUUUAUUGAUACAUGUAGGUAGGGGAUAUACAAUUACGUAGAGAUAAAGAUUGCAAUCUG